AUGGCGGGCCAUUCCUUGCGAGACUCCUCCCUUCUGAUCGGGCAGAACCUGAUCGGUGGCAACUGGGUUGAUUCGGCUUCGGGGAAGCGCUUCGAUGUGUACGACCCUGCGACAAAUGAGGUGAUCGGAUCAUGCCCCGAAUCCAUUGCUCAAGACGCCGAGCAGGCGAUUGACGCCGCCUCCGCUGCUAUGCCGCACUGGCGGAAUCUCACCGGGCGCGAACGCUCCAACAUUCUCCGCCGCUGGUACGACUUGGUCAAGGAGAACUGUGAUGACUUGGCCACUUUGAUUAGCUGGGAAAAUGGAAAGGCCAGCGGGGAUGCCGUGGGUGAAGUCAACUUCUCCGCAAGCUUCCUCGAGUGGUUUUCUGAGGAGGCCGCCCGUGUAUAUGGCGAUGUCAUUCCCCACAGCGCACGGGGAUUCCGAGUGGCAGUGGUCAAGGAACCCGUUGGCGUAUGCGGCCUGAUUACUCCAUGGAAUUUCCCUGGUGCGAUGAUUGCCCGAAAGCUGGGCCCAGCUCUUGCGGCCGGUUGCGCGGUAGUCCUCAAGCCUGCCGGCGAAACUCCUUUCACUGCCAACGCCUUCAUUCGCCUUGCCGAGAGAGCGGGAGUGCCCAAGGGCGUCAUCAAUAUUGUGCAUGCGGCAGACAACACUCCAGAGAUCGGCCAGGUUCUGUGCUCGUCCAGCAAAAUCCGUAAAAUCUCAUUCACUGGCUCCACCCGGGUCGGCCGCAUUCUCAUGAAGCAAUCCAGCGACACGGUCAAGAAGCUCAGUCUCGAGCUCGGCGGCAACGCCCCGUUCAUUGUGUUCGACGACGCAGAUAUCAACCUCGCCAUCCAAGGCGUAAUAGCCUCCAAGUUCAAGGUCACGGGGCAGACUUGCGUCUGUGCGAACCGGAUUUACGUUCAAAGCGGCAUCUACGCCGACUUUGUUCGCAAAUUGGCGGCCGCCGUGAGUGCUUUCAAAGUUGGCAAUGCCAUUGACCCGGCCGUGACGCAUGGACCUUUGAUCAAUGCCUCGGCCGUAAACCGGGUCGCAGAGCUUGUCGAGGAUGCAGUGACGAAAGGCGCCCAGGUCGUGGCAGGCGGCAAGCGAAUUCCGUCCCUAGGUCCCGCGUUUUACGAGCCCACCGUGCUGACCGGCAUCACGGGGGAUAUGCGCAUUAUCAACGAAGAGAUCUUUGGGCCUGUGGCUGCCAUUCAACAGUUCACUUCCGAGGAAGAGGUGAUUGAGUCUGCAAACGACUGCGAUGUUGGCCUGGCCGCGUACGUGUUCACCGAGCAGGUCAGCCGUGCCACCCGUGUAUCCGAAACUUUGCACUCGGGCAUGGUCGCCGUGAACACGGGUGUUAUUUCCGUUGCUUCUGCACCAUUUGGUGGUAUUAAGCAAUCUGGCGUUGGCCGAGAGGGAAGCAAGUACGGAAUGGAUGAUUAUAUGCAAAUGAAGACGAUCGUGAUGGGGAAUGUCAACGUUGCCCACCGGGCGUCCAUUUAAACUAAAAAAUGUGUAUAUAUAUAUAUAU